AACCUAAACCUAACUAAUCAUGUCCGACGAGGAGGAGGUAUACUCUGAUGAGGAGGUCGAGGAGGAGGAGGUCGAGGAGACCGAAGAGGCCCCAGCUGAGGCUGAAGAGCCAGAGGAGACCACCGAGGAAGUAGUCGCUCCACCAGAGGUCAAGGAGCGUCGUGCUCCAGUCCAAGAGGAGAAGCCACCAGCGGAGAUGACUGAGGCUGAGAUUGCCAUGUUGGCCGCCAAGAAGCGUCACGAGGAAGAGGAAGCCGCUAAACUUCUCGAUUACGAGCAGCGCCGUGUUCUUGAGAAGGAGCAAAUCGAACAAGAGCUUCGUGAACUCAAGGAGAAGCAAGAGAAGCGCCGAGCUGAGCGUGAAGAGGACGAGCGUCAGUUCGCUGAACGUAGACGUCAAGAUGACGAGCGCCGUCGCAAGGAAGAAGACGAACGCAAGGCUAAGGCUGAUGCCGAGAAGAUCCGCAAGAACGAGGAGAAGGUCCGUCGUCAACAAAUGAUGGCUGGAGCUUUCAACGGAAGAGUUGAAGCCGGAGCUGGACGCAACUUCACUGUCGCCUCCAAGGGAGACCAAGCUGCUCAAUUCGGAAACUUGGCUCAGGCUAAGGGAGGAAAGGAUGUCAUGAGCAAGGAACAGAUGGAGGAUGCCAAGAGAAACUUCUUGGCCGCCGUCUGCCGUGUACAAGACGUCUCUGGACUUCUUCCAAACGAUUUGAAGGAGAGAAUCAGAGGCCUUCAUGCUCGUAUCGUCAAGCUCGAGGCUGAGAAGUACGACUUGGAGAAGAGACGUGAACGUCAAGACUAUGACAUGAAAGAGUUACACGAGCGUCAACGUCAAGCCGCCCGUAACAAGGCUCUCAAGAAGGGACUUGACCCAGAGGAGGCUGCUUCCUCUGUCCAUCCACCAAAGAUCACCACCGCUUCUAAGUUCGACCGUCAAACCGACAGAAGAUCUUACGGAGACCGUCGGUACUUGUUCGAGAACCCAGAAGAGGAGAAGCAGGCUUCCCUCGUCCGCGGAACCGGACGACCACCAGCAGAGUGGGGACGCAAGCAAAACGAAGAACUCGAGCAGAUCCGCAAAAACUUGGAGCCACCAAAGUACGUUGAGCAGGUCAAGGUUGAGGGAGCCAGAGCACCAGUCGAGCCAGUCCCACUCUUCGUUCCAACUGAUGACUUCGAGCCACAACAAGUCACCGAGGAUCCAAAUGUUGGAGAAGAGGUCGUUGUCGAAUAAAUUUCCUGUUUUUUACCUUUUUUCAUUUCACAAUUUUUUGAUUAUCAAAUUUAUUAAAAUAAACCCAAUCCCAACCAAAAAAAAUCCAUUUUCUAAUAUUCCAAUCAAAACUUUUUGCAUUUGUUUCCAAUUUAUUAACCAAUUCUCCAAUUCUUCAAGUACUCUGUUUCUGCAUACUCUCCGGUUUGUGCUUAUCAGUAAAGUCUUUAUCAUAAAAAUUGCAUUCCC